AUGUUUAAGGUGCGGUGCUCAGAUGGUUUUUCCGAUAGUGAUCCUUCCAUGGUUUGGUCUCUGGUAAGAAGAUUCGACAAGCCACAAAAGUACAAGCCAUUUGUGAGCCGAUGCACGGUUCAGGGAGAUCUCAACAUCGGCGUUCGAGAAGUUAACGUGAAGUCGGGACUUCCGGCCACCACCAGCACUGAGCGCUUGGAGCUUCUAGACGACCACAGGCAUAUCAUCCGGGUCAAAUUUGUUGGUGGCGAUCACAGACUAAAUAGUUACUCAUCGAUAAUCACGGUUCAUCCAGAGACGAUUGAUGGGAGGUCGGGAACAGUUGUGAUCGAGUCGUUCGUGGUGGACGUGCCCGAGGGGAAUACACUAGAAGAGACUUGCUAUUUCGUCAAGGCUUAUAUAAACUGCAACCUCAGGUCUCUGGCUGUAGUCUCCGAUCGAAUGGCGAUGCAAGACGGCAUAGCUUAG